AUCGUUUAGUAUAUAAAGUGAAAAUAAACUUUUUAAACUAAAAUUACAUACAUAAUACAUAUUUUAUAAUUUUGUUAAUAAUAAUACACAGCGAAUGCACAAAACAAAAACCUCCAAAGUACGAGGAACAAAAUCUUAGGAAGAAAUUGCAUCUACAAUGACCCCAUUGCACAAUAAUUUACCAACUAAUAAUACAUUAGUGAAUUUACAAAUUACAAGUUAUAGAUUAUAGAUUUUUUUUCAUAAUUUUAAAAUUUUACUUACUUCUUUAUGUAAAGGAAUUUAUUAAUGCUGUAACUUGUAACUCGUAAAAUUUCACUAAUAAUACUACUUCAAUUACGCAGCAGAGUCCAUGUUACUUAAAAAAUUUUGUUUCGCUAUUCUAGAAUAUGAAAUUCUUGCUACGCCCAGGAUCAUUCUUUUUUACAUUUUUUUUUUUCUUUUUGAAAGACUCGCGCAAAAAGGUAGGUAUAUGGAAGUCGUUUUUAACCGUAACAUCCCGUCGGAAGAAACCGAAGGCGAUGUUUCGCGGUUAUUGGCGGGUCCGCAAUAGCCCCCAGCUUUUUAAGGCUGUCCAACCAGUGAUUUAUAUGCAGAUGCAUGGACCAAACUGUGUUUCGUUCAGGGCCCUUCACUCGAGUUUCGGACUGAGGGACCGUGCGCGCGCGGGUGCCAUUAAAACUGCCCCGAGUCAGCACACAGAUACCCAAUAGCGCAGCAUCCUCAAAAAUUCUUUUUUUUAAUUCCACUUAUGUCGAUAAAAUCGUAGGGUUUUGUUCCAUUAUUAAAUUCUUCUAUCUUUAAUCUUUCGUGCGUAUAAUAAUUUAACAGAAAAUUAAGAAAGAGACAGAGCAGUGAAAAGAUAAUUUUCUUAAAACUUCUAAAAUACAUUUUAGUAAAACGUACACGUUACUUUUGAUUAAAUUUAUAUUUUUUGUUUUCCUACGAUAUAGGAAUAUAGAAAUAAAUAUGUUACAUACUACAACUGCCUCCUUAAUUUUGAUUCACUAAGAUAUAUCUGUUAGAAGGAAAAAUCAUGUAUCCAUCCGUCAUCAUACACGAAACAACUGUGAUCUUUUAUCUCACCCUUCGGCGUUAGCAAGCAUAUUUUCUUAACUUUCUUAAGACGCGAUUAAUGUACGUUGUCAGAUUCGUUGACUUCUUCGAGCAUGCUACAAAAAUCCAUUCCGAUGUUUACGCCCGAACAGACCAGCGCGAAGUCAUGUUUUGCCAUCUCAGAGGAAAAAAGCAAAAGCAAAAGAAAGAAUGGACGAAAGAGUAAAAGAAAGAGAAAACAGAAGGAGCGUGCUGUGCACAGGGGGCUCGAUAUGAAUAAUGAAGAAGAACGUCGACUUGAAAAGGUUGCAUCGACGUCGAUAGGAUAUCUUCUUACCACGAGCCAAAAACGUUUUUCAGAUACGUAAUGAUCUUUGUCGAUGGAAAGAAGAUUUUCGCAUUGCUUCGUAACAAUUUUUAGAACUUUCUAUACAAAGCUCAAAGUUUGCGACGAAUAUUCUUUCGUAAAAGAAAUCAAUGACUCGAGGACAGUGAAGUAAAUGUUUUUAUGUCAUUUAUAAAUCCAUAAAUAACAAUGAAAGUUCUUAAAGUUGGUAAUGGUAACAAUAAAAUUCUAAAAAGUAAUACAUAUACCAAGUCUUUAUACUUUACUGCUAAAUUUGUAGCUCGCUACAGAUUAAAGAUUAUUAUAAAAAUACAAAAUGACGAGCAACAUUUAUUUUCAUGAGAAUGACAGAAAAUAAACUAAAACACCAUUUCAUUGUUUCAAUUUACCGCUAAAUAUAGUUUAUUUGUAAAUGUACUAAUCUACUGGUCAAAGGUAGGCUUUAGUACGUCCUUGGGUUGAAAGACUCAGACAGAUCUAGUCAGCCAGAUUGCAGAUCCUGGAGUCAGUGCCCUUUACUGUCUGAACAGCAAUGCGCCAAGCAAGAUUUCGUCUUCUUAAAACGUUGAAAACACUGCCUUUCACAAAUUUCGCGCUCGAAUAACUGUUUUCAGAGAUAAUAAUUUAACUUCAUUGGAAACAAUGGAAGUAGCAGCAAGCGCAAGAAAACUGUACAAUAUUUUGAUCAAUGUAGAAAUAGACACAUAUAAUAUUUAUCGUUAUAACAGAUACGUGAUGAUCUCUGCAAAUAAAUUUUAUUCCAUCUAUUAAAUUUUAUCUCUAUGUUGUCAUUUGCUAUAAUUAAAAGAAUAUUCAGUAUUAUAUAUGAUAUAUAUAAUGGAAAAAUCCUGCACUGUGCAAAACUGGAAUUAUACGAAGUGAUUCGUAUGAUUUCAGAAUUAUGUCAGGAAUUUUAUUGUUUGCGAUAUAUUUCAGGGAAUUUGUUGAUACUAUCAGAACACAUGGAAAAGAUAAAGUAAACGCGAACACGCGCGCUAUUCUCUGGGCGCAACUAUUGUAUCGUACAGUUGCAGAAGAGGGUGGCAGGAUUAUCUCGGAAAUGCGGAUCUUCCCCAUGCAAAUUCCGCAAUAAAUUUCCGCUUCCUCCGUGCACACCGCUAUCAUCCUCCUGCAAUGUAACGUGUACAGCGCGCUUCCACACGGGAAAAAAAUUCACGGAAUGUUCGUACUGAGAUCACCGUCCAUCCGUUCCCACUUUUACUUCUCAACGGGGGAGAAGAAAGUGUUAGAUUUGAUACAACUCCUCGCUGCGUGUCUCUAUUACCUCAUUAUUUCAAAAAUGUUAUGUGGCACUAUUUUGUUACGUUAUGAGUCACCGCGUAGUAUACUUUCUCUCUCAGUUAAAACGUCUCAUCUAUCGUUUUGAACUUUGGAAAAAGUUUCGUGCCAUUAUUGUUUUUCUUUAUCCAAUUGAAAAUAUUUAGUUCUUAUUUCCUAACUUUAUCCGUAUAACUUUGUUUAAAAAGGUGAAAAACACACGGAAUUUUAGAUAUUUCAACAUAUCUUGUAAAAUCAAGAAAUGGUAGAUAAGGACAUAUUCGCGAUAUAUAAGAUCAUAUAUAAGAUUCAGUAAUUCAUAGAGUCAGAUAUAAAAGGAAAGAAAUAGUACAUACGUACAAGUUCGUUAAUUUAUUUCAUCGCUAUCGACUGUUUGACACUAUGGCAUCAUUGGAAUAUCAUGUUUAUGGAAAGCAAGUACUUCACGGCUUGCACCCAAAGCCUUGAACUCGGAUUGCCUUUUGUUUUCUACCAGAUACAAUACAACGUGCGUAGUUGCUUUGUUUGAUUCUGUCAACCUUCACCAAAGACUAAAAAAAAAACGAACCAAUUGCAAAACGAUAAUAAUAAUAUUUUCGUAUCCUUACGCAGAUUCAGGCAUUAUUUGAAUAAAAUAUUUAAAAUAAUUGAUUAUUUAUUAAAAUAAUAUUGUAACACUGCGCACGUUAAAACUUUAAAACAAAAGGAAUUCCUAAAGUAUAAUUCUCUAAGAUAGGAAUACUGGACAUAAAGGUAGAAGUUUCGUAACAGUAGUUUUAUGUAUAAUCAGCCGUCUACAGUUCCCUUUCCAAGAAAAUAAUUUCCGGUCUUGAAAUAAUACCAUUCUUAGAAACGGUGUAACACUACGAAUCAGAGUAAUAGCAUUCUAGUUAUCAAAACUGUUUGUACUUAAUAAUCUUAUUUCCUCUAACUUUUUUAAAAGUUUGUAACUAUAAAUCGCAUUUAUGAUUUUUUAAAAUCGAACAAAUGUACAGAUACGAACACUAGACGGUACGUUUACUAUUAUACUUUUCACUACGUUAGAAUUGUUUUACGUUUUUCUUCUUAAGGCAUUGACGUAUAAUCUUCCGACUUAAAACGAAAUAGGAUCGCAUGGAAAGUUUUAUCCUAUAACCGUGAAUCUUUAUGCCGUAAAUCUUAGUUGGAGAUAAUCUCAUGAGCGGACGGCGAGUAGCCGGCGCGAAAAAGGCCCAAGCGAACGAAGAACGUGCGAAGCGAAAGGUGACGGUUAGAAACCGUUUAUCUUACCUGUGGAUGAAAAUAAAUGCGCCAAGACUUAACAGAGUCUAAAUUAACUUAUUCAGUAACUUCAUUACGCAAACGGAAUUCUAUAACAAUCUUGCGGUGCUGUAUAUCUAAAAGUAAAAACGACACGAGCUAAAUAUGACAUAUUAAGUAUCACAAUUAAUUUACAAAAUUUCAAUGCUUUGAUAAGAGGUGAAAAUACAAGCAGAGCGCAAGGAAUGUUUGGCAAUGGCUACGGAGGAUAUCCGGUUAGUUGAAUAUUUUCUGCAAGCAAAUCUAGUUGGUGGUCUCGUGUGGGACACACUGGGCGUGCAAGGAGAGACCAAGUGCUGCUUUCUCAAGGACCAUCGGCGUGCAGUACCGACGUGGAACUCCAUUAAGAUCGAGACAUCCCGUUCCGACUAUCGUCGCAAAUCAUAGAUUUACUAGAGCGAUAAAUUUAUAUUUACACCGUCGCUGUUUUACACCCCGAGUUUCAACCACGUUCAAAUCACAUCCUUAGGCUAAAGAAAUAUUGAUUCUACCAUAUUAUGGCCAGUAUCGAAGUAUCUUUGUCAACUACGCCAAGAAGAAAGAAAGGUGGAAGCAUUUCCGGUGGAGUAAUAUCGCCAGCUGGUCAUCGAAAUAGAGAUCAUUAUAAGGAGCUAGACGCUCUUCGAAUUGCAUUACGCGACAAGGAAAAUAUCAUUCAAACACUGAAAGGGCAACUGUGCAACACACUGAGCAACAGAUUAGCUUUACGUAAUGGUGCUCCACCUCUAACCGAGGCUGACAGAAAAGCAGCCGAAGAACGACUUCAAAGGUUGCGACGCGAUGCGGAUAAUAAGCGGCUAGCGAUAAAAAAUUUGAAAUUAGCGCUCGAACGACUAGAUAUUACAGAUAAUAUCGAUGUUCGAAUUCAACAAGCUGAAUUAGAAUACAGACUUGGACGCGAAGAACUCGAGCUUUUAACUCUUCGCGAAGAAAGCAGAGCUUUACAGGCUGCUUUGGAAUUGGCAGAGACCCAGGAGAAACAGAAAAAUGAUACAAUAUUUAGUUGUAUCUCUGGUUCUACGCAAGUUACGAUCCAUGCAGUGGAAGUUAGCGCAGAUCCAAAAAGUCCUCGUUUUGGUGCUGGACCAAGAGAAGACACACCUGGCUUGUAUGUCGAUUGGGCAGUUGAAGAUUCUGGAUUAUGCAAGGGAGACAGAAUCUUGGAAGUGAAUGGAAAACUUGUGGUGGGAGCAGGCAGAAGCGAUUUAGCAAGGCUGUUGGCCGUUGCACCCGAUGCAGCGCAAAUCGUGGUCCUUCGAAAAGGCGAAUCCCUGGCAGCACUCCGCACUCUUCGAUCUGAUAACCUUAGGCUGACUCACAGGAUCGGAUAUCUCGAGGAACAAGUCAGGGAUCUUCUCGCACCAAGUAGAGCCGAGGUUCCUGCAGACCCUCCACCGACCCGUCAAGAACAAGUUCAGUCCAUAGGUCUUUAUCAUUUCUUCACAACCCUAUUAUACAGGAUGCGGCAUUUAAAUGAAAACAACUGUACAGUAGUUCACAAACUAUUUGAAUAUUCUUUUAGAACAGUAAAAAAUGUUUUUCAAAAAGGACCACAGGUAACUGCGUUAGUUGCAAAUCUUCCUGGCCUUAAUGUACGGAAUUCGAUGGAAUUACGGCAGAGUUUACCAACAGUAAGAAGCAGGCACAGUGACCAUUCAAAACGUUCGCUAGACGUAAAAAUCUCGAACGAAUUCGACUCGUCAUCGGCUAGCAUUUUCAAUGGUCAUCACAAAUCACGAAGUAAACAAAAACAUCAAGGAUUUCCAUUAACCAGGUCAACUGCAAGCUUGGAUUGCAAACAAACGCAGAUACAAUCGCAACUACAACGUAGAAGACCACCGCGCGUUGAAUCAGCUUUGGAACAUUUAUCUAAGAAUCGUAAAAAUUCAUCUCAAGUACAACCGUUAGACUUCGAUUCCGAACCAACCUAUUAUCGAUUACAGGAGACUCAGUCGCGAGCGUCAGAAAACUCGGAUAUAUCGGUAGUCUAUAGCUCCCAAGAAUCGAAAUCUCGCCCAGCACCACCGAAAAAGCCACUUCGAUUGUCUCUACAUCGAGCAGCUAGUCUUCAAUCCGUAGAAAGUGCACCACCAUCUGCACACCAUGAAAUAGCUAAAAAACCGAUGAAAAGAAGUCAUAAAGGUGAUCCACCGGAGAAAGGCAUUCGAACGGAAACAAAUGGAGAAACAAGUAACCAAAUGCAAGAAUCGCAUUCCAAUCCACCUCAACCUCCGCCGAGGACACCUUCCAGAGCAGAGUCUUGUCAAAGUGCGUUACGAUGGCCUUCCCCUAAGCCACGACCUCAUUUAGCACCUGUCACUAUGGAAAAAUGGUGUUAAACAAAAAAAAAUGUAAGGGAAGAAAGAACCAUUAUGAUAUGAAUGAUAUUUCAAAUAUCGACGUACACUGCAUAUUAUACAUAUUUUUAUGUAUUAUCUGUUCAGUGUAACAUGAAUAUUCGAGUAGUAUUAACAACGAAUCUUUUAAGAUCUCUGUUAUUAUAGAAAAAAAUUGGGGAACUUACGAAGAUUUUUAUACGAUGCAUUUGUAAAUACAAAAUGAUAUUUUUAUGCUUUUUACUUGUACUUUAAGAAGACUGAAUUGUUCUGGAUUUAUUCGUACGCUAUUUUUAUACGUAUUUUUAAAUUUUAUGUUUAACUAUAUUGGCUGAUAAUGUUUCGUUGUAUACAUUCAUUUCAUGUACUAUGGAAUAUAAACGUUCAAAGUAAUCGAUUACGUAAAAAAAUUUCGCUUUAUAAGUUAAACAAAUAUUUCGUACAAAGUACGUGAAACGUACAUUUAUACUCCCUAAUUUAUAAGUAUUAGUUCUAAAAAUAUGAAUCUUUUUUUAUUUUUAUGUGAUUAAGAUAGCUUUAUAUAUAUAUAUGUAUGUAUAUCAUUACGUGAACAUCAAAUCCAAUUUUUUUUCAUCAAUUGCUAGUCGAAGUAUAUGUAGUAUUAAUUAAAAUAUUAAAAUAAUCAUUUUUUUGAAAAAAUAAAAAUUUUAUGUAAUAGAAA